AUGUCUGCACAAAGGCUCCCCGUUAUCCGAUUAAAUAUCGACUACAUCAAACAGCAGGCUGGUCUCGAGGAUUUCCUUAAGGGUUUCAAGACAUCACAAGCGGACCCCGCACAAGCUUUGCAGAACCUGAACAUCGACGACGAAGAUGAGGAGCUCCUUGGGGCCUCUAGGUCUCAGGGACCCAAAGUCAAGUACCUUGAAAUAUUGCAAAAAGUUGCAAACAGAGAUCUCGACGCUAUAACAAUUGAAUUGGAUGACCUGGAUAGAUGGGAAAAAACAAGUGGUGAAAACUUAAGGCUGGUCGAUUCGAUUACAAAAAAUGCGCACCAUUAUCUCGAGAUCAUGUCGAGGGCUAUCGACAAGGCUAUGCCCAGAGAGACUGUGGAUAUCAGUUAUAAAGACGAUGUUAUUGAUGUUAUUAUAAACCACCGACGAGCCAGAGCUGAGACACUAGCUGAGGAGAGCACACAAACAGAAGACCCAGCAUCCCUUCUACCACCUGAUCUUGUUCGCCGAUAUCAGGUAUACUUCAAGCCAUUGAGCGACCCAGAAAGAGCAGGGAAGGCCUUGGCUGUCAGACAAGUCAAGGGAGAAUUACUCGGACAUCUGAUUACUGUUCGAGGUAUUGCUACCCGUGUAUCAGACGUCAAGCCCGCUGUCAUGGUCAACGCCUAUACUUGCGACCGAUGUGGAAACGAAAUCUUCCAAGAAGUCAAGACGAAACAGUUCAUGCCACUUCAGGAAUGUCCUUCGGAUCAGUGCAAGAAGAACGAUGCGAAGGGGCAACUUUUCAUGGCUACCCGGGCCAGCAAAUUCCUUCCCUUCCAAGAUGUGCGUAUUCAAGAGAUGUCUGACCAGGUCCCCGUUGGACACAUUCCACGUUCGAUCACAAUCCAGUGCCACGGUGCUCAAACAAGGACCAUUAAUCCUGGUGAUGUUAUUGACGUCGCUGGUAUCUUUUUACCCACUCCAUACACCGGGUUCAGGGCUAUCAGAGCUGGUCUUUUGACGGAUACAUACCUUGAAGCUCAGUACGUUACGCAGCACAAAAAACAGUACCACGAAAUCGGGAAUAUCGAUGCGGAGACCGAAAAACGUAUCAACGACCUCAGGGCCACUGGUGACCUGUACGACCAUCUUGCUAUGUCCAUCGCCCCUGAAAUUUUUGGACAUUUGGACGUGAAGAAGGCUUUGCUCCUCUUACUCAUUGGAGGUGUGACAAAAGAGAUGGGAGAUGGAAUGAAAAUUCGUGGAGAUAUCAACAUCUGUUUAAUGGGUGAUCCAGGUGUGGCUAAAUCACAGUUGCUCAAGUACAUUGGAAAAGUGGCACCUAGAGGUGUUUAUACUACUGGUCGUGGUUCGUCCGGCGUUGGUCUCACUGCCGCUGUUAUGAGGGAUCCUGUUACAGACGAAAUGAUUCUGGAGGGCGGUGCUCUGGUGCUCGCUGACAAUGGUAUUUGCUGCAUCGACGAAUUCGACAAGAUGGACGAUAGUGAUCGUACCGCUAUUCACGAAGUCAUGGAACAGCAGACCAUUUCCAUUUCCAAGGCCGGAAUUACAACUACCUUGAACGCUCGCACGUCCAUCGUCGCAGCUGCCAAUCCUCUCUACGGUCGCUAUAACCCGAAGGUCUCGCCGGUCGAGAAUAUCAACCUUCCUGCUGCUUUACUAUCCCGUUUCGAUAUCCUCUUCCUCAUCUUAGAUACCCCAACCCGUGAAAACGACGAGCAGCUUGCCCGUCACGUUACGUUUGUGCACAUGGAAAACAGGCAUCCAGAAAUGAGCUUUACACCUCUAUCUCCGUUUGAAAUGCGGGCGUACAUCAGCAAAGCCCGUCAGUACCGACCGGUUGUCCCGAAAGAUGUCUCUGAAUACAUUGUCUCGGCCUAUGUCCGUAUGCGGCAAGCUAUGAAAAAGGACACCGAGAACCGACGCCAAGUCACGCCCAGAACCCUACUCGCCCUUGUGCGUUUCUCACAAGCGUUAGCUAGACUGCGCUUCAGCGACCGAGUAGAGAUGGAUGAUGUCGACGAAGCUCUACGGUUGACCGAAAUCGCUAUGGCUAGUUUGUAUGAGAAGGAUCUUGGAGAUGUUGAUACCACUACAACUACGAAGAUUUAUCAUAUUAUCAAGACAAUGGCGCAGUCGAAUCCUGGUACUGAGCUGUCGAUCUCAGAAAUAAGAAGCCGAGUUCUUGCCAGAGGAUUUAGAGACGACGACCUUCUGGAAACAAUUGAGACGUAUGAGGCCUUGGAUGUUUGGCAAACAACUAACGAAGGCACGCGACUCCUCUUCAUUCAUCUCGAUAACGACGAGGGUGAUGAAGACGUUGAAAUGGGCCUCUAG